AUGCCGGUACCCUUUAUCGGGCGCUUGAACCCGAUCGAGUAUAUCGCUCUCGUCGGCUCCUUCUGCCUCGUCGGCCUCGAGGCCAUCAUUCGCAUCCUGACCCUCGCCCUGCCAACCUCGCUGCUGUCACUCUUCUACGCAGCUUCCCGGCGCCUCUUUAACCGUUUGACGUCACUUGAAUCGAAACAAGCAGAGGAAAAACAAAAGUCUAUAUCGACGUCCGUUAGGAAUGCGUCCGACUUUGUCGACCUGUGCGCCACUUUCGGCUACUACGCCGAGGAGCAUGUGGUCCAAACCAAGGAUGGCUAUCUGCUAGGCGUUCAUCGCCUGGCAUGGCGCAAGGGCGAGGAGGACUUGAAAGUCAACAGUGGACCGCAGAGCCUCAAGAAGAAAGUCAUCUACAUGCACCACGGGCUGCUGAUGAACAGUGAGGUUUGGGUCUGCCUCACAGACGCCCAGCGAUGUCUGCCGUUUGUCUUGGUUGAACAAGGCUACGAUGUCUGGCUGGGCAACAACAGAGGCAACAAGUAUUCCAAAAAGUCUGUCAAGCACUCGCCCUCCAGCCUCGACUUCUGGAACUUCUCCAUCGAUGAAUUCGCUUUCCACGACAUCCCAGACUCGAUCGCUUACAUCUUGGAGUCCACCAAGCAGCCCUCGCUGUCCUAUAUCGGCUUCUCUCAAGGAACGGCUCAGUCGUUUGCGACCUUGGCUAUACAUCCCAAGCUCAAUGAACAAGUCAAUGUGUUUAUUGCGCUGGCGCCUGCCAUGUCGCCCGCUGGCUUGUCGAAUGGGAUCGUCGAUGCUCUGAUCAAAGCAUCUCCCCAAGUCCUGUUUCUCCUGUUUGGCCGCCGCUCGAUCUUGGCCUCGGCAACCAUGUGGCAGUCCAUUCUCUACCCGCCCAUCUUUGUCCGCGUUAUCGACAUGGGUCUUGACUUCCUCUUUGGCUGGAAGGCGAAGAACAUUUCCAUGUCGCAGAAGCUGGCCGCCUACCCGCAUCUCUAUUCUUUCACGAGCACCAAGUCGGUAGUGCAUUGGUUCCAGAUCAUCCGCAAUCAGUCUUUCCAGAUGUACGAUGACGACGUACACCCGCCAUUGACCACCUCGAGCAAGUACACCAAGGUGGCCAAGUAUCCAACACGCAAUAUCAAGACACCCAUCGUCCUCGUCUACGGCGGCAGCGAUUCUCUAGUCGACAUCAAGGUCAUGCUGCGCGAGCUCCCGAAACGGACGGUGGCCACGGAGAUUCCUCCAUACGAGCAUCUGGACUUCUUGUGGGCUACCGAUGUUGACACCCAGGUCUUCCCGCACGUCUUUGAUGCCCUGGACAAUUUCACGGACGCUGAACACACGAGGGAGGAGUAUGAGAGUUACCGCCGCGCACGCAACGCAAGCUUGGGUGCAUCCGCUUCUUUCCGCCACCAAUACCGGGGUAGUGAUGCUGUUGACGCGGACGCAGCAACUAUGCUUUCUAUGGGUCAGCUUGACAACAGAAGCGAUCCGGCGCUGGCACAUCAUGCCCGUGAGGGCUUCGUUACCCCAGAGUCGCCGUCCACAGAUACCUCAGGCACGACCUUGACCUCACAAGCGCCCGAGAGCGGCCGUCGCGUUGCCUCUUCGUUGCAAGUGGAGACAAGAACACCGGAGACCCCUGAUCGGACGGGCUCUUGGACUGGGGCCGAUGGUGUCGCAGAACAUGCGACUCGAGAGCCCGAUUCAUCCACACCCUCACCGACAAGGCUGCCAGACAGUGCGAAGAGAGUCUACAACCGACGGGGAAGCGCGGCCAGCAACCUGAGCUUUGACUCUACCAAGGACAGAAAGGGCAGGAGUGGCGGUAUCCGCGUUGGUGCGGCAAAACCCGUCGGUGGUGUUGUCACGGGCGGGAGUGCUAGCAACCUGACGGGCAGCAGUGACGAGGGGAGCCGAAAGAGGAACGGGCGCUAG